AUGGCAAAGACUUUCACAUACGAAGAGGUGCAGCAGCAUCGCUCGGCAGAGUCUUGCUGGGUUGUGCUGUAUGGCAAUGUCUACGAUGUCACGUCAUUUCUCCCAGGUCAUCCAGGCGGUAGCAAGAUCAUCCUCCAGCUCGCCGGCACAGACGCGACAGAAGAGUAUGAUCCCAUACACCCACCCGGCACCCUCGAAGAACGUCUCCCAGCAUCUGCCAGACUCGGAUCUUUUGACACGAGCACUCUGCCAGCGACUGAAAAGACGCCACAAGAAACGGGCUCAGUGGCUUCGGAAGAGGAGAUCCUCAGCCUUGACGAAUGCCUCAACAUCGACGAUAUCGAAAAGACAGCAACGCAGAGACUCAAUGGCAAAGCAUGGGGCUACUACUUCUCAGCCGGCGACGACCUGAUCUCCAAGAACCUCAACGGUGCAGUCUACAAAUCAAUCCUCCUCCGACCUCGAGUCUUCGUUGACUGCACAAACUGCGACACGUCCACCUCUUUCUUCGGCCACAAAGUAAACCUACCAUUCUUCAUAUCUCCCGCCGCAAUGGCACGACUCGGUCAUCCUGACGGCGAGCACGGAAUGGCGCAGGCAUGCGCGAACUACGGAGCAAUGCAGAUCAUCUCGAACAAUGCAUCACAGACACCCGAGCAGAUUGUCGCAGAUGCGAAGCCGGGGCAGGUCUUUGGGUGGCAGUUGUAUGUGCAGACGGAGAGGAAGAAGAGCGAGGAUGUGCUGAAGAGGAUACAUGCCCUGCCUUGCAUCAAGUUUAUUUGCUUGACACUGGAUGCGCCGGUGCCGGGUAAGAGAGAACAUGAUGAAAGGCAGAAGAAUGUGGCUAGUAAUUUGCCUGUGCGGUCUUCGGUGCAGGAGGGGAGUGCCUCCAAGACGUCGGAACGUCCGAUCACAGACAACAGCGGAAUCAACGUGAGUGGGGACGGUGGAGUGGGCAAAGCGUUGUUCGCUGGCACAGCACCAGAUCUCACCUGGAAGACGACUCUACCCUGGCUGGCAAAACACACAAAGCUUCCAAUCGUGCUCAAGGGUCUCCAAACGCAUGAAGAUGCCUACCUAGCCUCCCUACACGCACCUCAAAUCCGCGGCAUAAUUCUCUCCAACCACGGCGGUCGCGCCCUCGACACAGCACCACCCGCGAUUCACACCCUCCUCGAGAUCCGGAAGCACUGCCCAGAGGUCUUUGACCGCAUCGAUGUUUGGGUAGAUGGCGGUAUUAAGCGUGGUACAGACAUUGUCAAAGCUCUGGCACUUGGUGCGAAGGGUGUGGGGCUUGGCCGCGCGCCUCUGUACGGCAACGGAGCCUUUGGUCAGAAGGGCGUGGAGCGAGUGCUUGAGAUCCUUAAAGCUGAGACGGAAACGUGUAUGAGGCUGUUGGGCGUGGAGAAGGUCGGUGAAUUGGGACCGCAGCAUGUCAAUGCGAGGGCUGUGGAGAGGGAUAUCUGGGAUGGACCGAGUGGGCUUGAGAGGUUGGAUCGGCAGGUUAAGGCGAGGCUGUAG